CUCCCUCGAUGGUGGCGGCAGUAGAGCUAGGAUCGAAGGGGAGGUUGGUGGACUCGAUGAGCACUAUGUGGAGUCCGUCGGUGCCGCGUGUGAGUUCGAUUCCUUCGACGAGGUCCACCCCAGUGCCGAACUCCACUAUGGAAGAAAAGAACUCGAAAAGCCCCAUCCCCAUUCGCUUUCUCGCUCCCCUGCCUCGCCUACAGAGAGAGAGACCGAGACCAGAGGGGACUGGGAGAGUGGCGGCCGGCGGGGACAUGGCGACGAAGGCGAGCAGCGCCGCCUCCGGCGCGGCCUACGAGGAGCAGCGCAGGAAGCGGGUCCUCGAGAACCUCAAGCACCUCGAGGAUUUGGGCAUAUCGGAGAUGUCGAAGAGCCUGCUCCAGGCGGCGAGGCUGCAGAAACAGAGCAAGGGCGGCGUGCGCGUGAGCCCCAAGGCGAGGAAGAAGUUCGACGCCACCGAGGUGCGGCGUUCCUCGAGGGCGAAGGCCACGGUUUCCUACAAAGAUGAUUAUGGCGAACUAGAUACUUUUCUUCGUCGCAAAAGGCGCAGUGGUGGUAAGAACUCUGAGCAGGGAAGAGAAUACACUGGAAGAGUUUCUUCUUAUGAACAGCAACAGCGUGCUUUCAGAAGAGCUGAGAAACUUCAAGAUGGUCUGGACCCUAAUAACCCAUCAUUUGUUAAGACCAUGGUUCGAUCACAUGUGUCCAGCUGCUUUUGGCUUGGUCUUCCUACAAGCUUCUGCAAACAGAAUCUGCCUCCCACAGAGUUUAGGAUGGUGUUGGAGGAUGAAGAUGGUGUUGAAUUUGAUGCUGUCUAUAUUGGGAAACGAACAGGUCUAAGUGGUGGAUGGAGGGGCUUUGCAAUGCACCACAACUUGGAGGAUGGAGAUUCCUUGGUCUUCGAAUUGGCUGAGCAUGACAGAUUUAAGAUUUAUAUAAUAAAAGCUAUAGAUGAUGAUGAUGUAGAAGAGGAUGAGUCUGAUGACAAGAAUGCCAGUGGGGGUACUAAGGAAGAGCCUGCUGAGGAAGAUUCACCUGCUGCCGAGCCUCCAAAAGGUGCCAAAAGAAGAAAACUCCGUGGACGGCGGUAGUUUGCCUGUUAGUUUGCAUCAGCUUGAAAUAUUAGGCACUCCUGGUGAACGAAUGUUGUCAUGCUAGCAAAGCGUCUCCUGUCAGGUCAUCUAUUUUGCCCAGUUUUUGUUGACCUGUUCUUUCAGAAAUUGUGGGCAACCGAUUACCCAUAUAUCGCUGCAACAAGUACACCUAUCAACGUAGGUAGCCCUUGAUUCCAUGUAAAUAGGUAGUUUGGCACUCAGAGCACUUGUAUUCUCAGAAUCCCCUAUGUGCGCUACUAAGCUAGUGUCACGUAGUGUGAUGUUGGUUUAAACAAUGCUUCUGUGCAUAUGAAUAAGAGUCAUUAGCAAAGGGAAUAAUCGCUAAUGACAUCGUGUAUGCAGCGAAACAUUGUUACUUCUGAACGCCCAAGACAACAUGUCAAUAUUCUCAGCUCUA